GCCGAUUGGCCUAGCCAGCACCACCUUGAGUCACUAACCUCCCGGGAGCGGCCUGGCCACGCCCACCUGUUAUGUCGCCCAGCACACUUUAGUUUCAGGAUUGUUGCGUCUGUUCACUUAGCUCAAAAGCUGCUCUCUGGCUACCUGGCGCUCAGUUUUCCCUUCAUUCUUGUAACAUGAUGGCGCCGCCUCUCGCGCCGGACGCAAAGCCUCCCCGCCGCAAGAGGAAGACCUACACUUUCUGGUGGUGCUUCCUGGGCAUUUGCGCAGAGGCCCUUCUGUUCCUGCUGUCUACUUUAUCUGAUGCCUGUGAACUACCACCACCAUUUGAAGCUAUGGAACCCAAGGAACAACCUAAAUCCUAUUAUGAGGUUGGAGAGACAAUAGAAUAUAAGUGUAAAAAAGGAUACAUAUUUCUGUAUCCAUUCAUCAUGGUUGCUACCUGUGAACCAAAUCAUACAUGGUUCCCUAUUUCAGAUCAUGGUUGUGCUAAAAUAGAAUGUCCUACAUUAGCAGAACCUGAAUUUGGCAAAAUACAUCUCCUAGAUGGCAGAAUUUCAUGGGGUGGUCGAGCUCAGUUUACUUGUAUAGAUGGUUAUUACAUAGUUGGUAUGUCAGUUCUACACUGUGUGCUUAAAGGUGAUGAUGCAUAUUGGAAUGGUCCUCCCCCACAUUGUGAAAAAGUCUAUUGUUUACCACCUCCAAAAAUAAAAAAUGGAACACACACCUUUACUGAUAUAGAAGUAUUCAAAUACCGUGAAGCAGUAAUCUACAGUUGUGAUCCUAAGCCGGGACCAGAUAAGUUUUCCCUUAUUGGAAUGAGUAUGCUCUUCUGUUCUGGCCAUAACACCUGGAGUAGCAAGCCUCCAGAGUGUAAAGUGGUAAAUUGUCCAUUUCCAUUACUAAAAAAUGGAAGAACGAUACCAGGAAUUGAAAAAAAAUUUUCCUACCGAGAAACAGUGACGUUUGAGUGCAUGGAGGGUUUUUACAUGAAUGGCAGCGACACAGUGGUUUGCGAUGCUAAUAGCACUUGGGAGCCUCCAAUCCCAAGGUGUCUUAAAGGCUCUAUUUUUCUAGGUCCUAAGCCUACUCAUCCCACCAAGCCUCCAGUUUACAAUUACCCAGGAUAUCCUAAUCCCCGUGAAGGAAUAUUUGCCCAAGAAUUAGAUGCAUGGAUUAUCGCUCUGAUUGCUAUUACUUCAAUUGUUGGCAUUGUUGUAAUUUGUCUCAUCAUACUCAGAUAUCUUGAGUACAGGAAGAAAGGGAAAAUCGGGAUUAAAGCUAAGUCUACCACUUCCCUGAAAAGGUCAACCUCACAAACAGAGAAAACUGCAUCAUUGCCACGAAUCUCAAGAAGCAACAUAUCUGGGGCCUCUAAUCUAGCUGUAUCUGAAGCAAAAUGAGAAGUCCCAUGUGUGGAAGUCAUUACCGUUCCAUUUUUGAAAACUGGCUCUUCAAGUCUGGCAAAAGUAAAAUUAUAUAUUUGCAGGAGCUUCAUUUGUGGCAAUUGUGUUUGUGUGUGUGUGUGUGUGUGUGUGUGUGUGUGUGUGUGUGUGUGUUUCUAGUGUAAAUAUUCUGUUUCUAACUGUGAUCUGCAUCUUAACCUUUUUACCAUCUCCUCAUAUCUCAGACCCUCCAGCUUACCAAGGUUUCAACUCUGAGCCCUGAGUGCCUGUGCCUGAGCAAAAUGUUCAGUGACAUUUUACCUGCAGGAAGAAGGCCGUAUUUCCAAGCAUGACACCGGACCUUCUACAAUUCCAACUUUUCUCCCUGUGCCUCACAUUUUCACUGCACAUAAUGGUUAUGCAUUAAGCACACAUCUGUGUCUUCCACACUCAUUCUCUUGUUACCUAAAAUGCUUAACAUCCUCUCCAGAUCCAUGUAUCUCCAAGGCCAAUGCAUGUCCUACCUGUCCUGUGAUGCUCUGACUCCUUAGGCUCUUAAUCUUUUAUUGCCUACCUUAGGUUAGUCACAUUUAAGACUCUAUAUAUGUGUCUAAUAGGAGAUGUAACUCUCAUAUCACUUUAAUGCAUUCAUAGGACUCAAAAAAUAAAGUCUACCAAUUAAAGUAAAAACUUGACCUGUGUAACUAAUAGGAUUUAGUUUUCUUUAUGCAAAAGGAGUUCUUGCUGCCUUUGCAGAUAUGAAGUAAGCCAGACUAAGUAAAGUCAAGCCAAUGUUUCUUACCUGAGGCUGUCCACUAGCCUUCUCCAGGGAGUUUUAUUGACACUAAGAACCACCCUAGUGGGCACUCAUAUUAUUAAUUUGAGGUGUGACCUGAACACAGGAGGUUUUGAUUUCUCCGGUGAUUUUAAUCUGCCAGCUGAAGCUGAGAACCUGCAUUAGCGAUUCUCAGGCCUGACAGUCAAUUCUCCAUAUAAACUUAUAAAGAGGGUAAAAACUUAAAGAAAAUCACAGUUUAAUUCUGCUCUUUAAAAAAUUUUCAAAGACUUGAAUUUAAUGUUGUUCAUGAAUUGGGGAUGUAGAUCAGCAGAAAGGUUGCUCAGCAUGCACUAGACCCUAGAUUCAAUCUUGGCACUGGGAGAAAAAAGUCAUUAACAGAUUAUUAACAUAACCUUGUUAGCCUAGAAGUCUUAAUGUCUGUCAAAAUAAGUAAUGAUAAAGUUUUAAAUAUAAUAGUAAUAUUAAUGAAUAUCAACACAAUGAAAAUUACAUUGACUAAAGCAUUUUAGACAAUUAGUAUGAGACUCUAGCAUAUUUUUAAUUGGCAUAAAAUACAGAGAGAACUUUUACAGUAACCAACAAUAAAUUGUCUAAAUUAUGCUAGAAAAACUUGGGGGCAAAAUUGAAUUUGCAAUUUAAAGUAAUUUUAAGGUUUUAGGGAAAUGAGAAGUUCUACAGUGUUCUAAAGCUUGUGAUACCAGAUAGCUAACAUUUUAACCAAGACUAGAUUUUGCAUAUUUUAACAAUUUGCCUACUUAAGAGCAGAAUUUAACAGCCUAUUAAUUUUUAGAGCUGAUUCAGAACUGAGUGAAUCUGAUACACGAGUGUUUUUCCCUGUUUUGGAUCUCUAGGCUCUUCCAGGGGUUACCCUAGAUGAGCUGUCAACCUUUGAGACAUAGCACUGCCGUCAUCCUUCAGAAGGUUCCCACAGCAAUAUGCUUCUCAAAUUCUGAUGUACAGGUUAAUCACAUUGUGAUCUUAUUAAAAGGUGAACACUAAUCAGAGAAGACAGUGUGACCAGUGAAGCAAAAUGUGACCCUUCUGACCUUUGAAGCUUGAAGAAGAGGACAAGCCAAAGAAUACAGCCUGUUUAUAGACAAAGAAAGGCAAGAAAGCUUUUUCCUUCAUAUUUCUGAAGGGUUUGUGUCUGACAGCACCUUGAUUUCAGUCCAAUAAAAAUGUCAGAUUCCUGCUAUCCA